AUGAAAUUAGGAUAUAAUGAAAUAAUGAUAACAUCAAAGUAUUUUAAUGAUAUUAAAGAUUUUAUUAAUUUAGAAAUAGGAAUUAAAAGAUUUAGAGGAAAUAUUGAACGAUUUCAUUUUAAUCCAAUUCCAUUAGAUGAAUAUUCAAGAAAGUUCUUUCCUAAUAUUGAAACAUUCCAUGUUUAUGGAUAUGAUGAUGAAAUAUUUAAUGAUGGAAAAAUAUUUAAAUAUGUAAUAUGGUAUUUAGUAAGUUAUUCAAAAUAUUUAAAAGAGAAAGAACAAGGAAAUAUCUGUAAAAAUAUAGAAUAUACAGAAGAAGAUAGAUGGAAAUAUGGAAAUACAAUACCAUCAGAAGUUAAAUCACUUGGAGCUUGGUGUUUUAAUAGGUGUAAAUCAUUAACAACAAUUAAUAUACCAACAACAAUUAGUAAAUUAGGAUUUAAUUGUUUUAAAGGAUGUACAUUAUUAAAAUCAAUUGAUAUACCAACAUCAAUUACUAAAAUAGGAUUUAAUUGUUUUGAAGAAUGUUUAUCAUUAACAUCAAUUAAUAUAGAUAAUCUACAAUUUAUUAGUAAAGAAAGAAUAUUUAUGAAUGAGCCAGUGUUAAUUAGUACUGAAAUACCAAAAAAUCUACAAAUAAUCAAUGGAAAGAAUAUUUUCAAGAAAGAUAUUAAUGAAUUUAUUGUUCCAUCUUCAAUCACUAAAUUAGGAUAUGGUUGUUUUUAUUAUUGUUAUUCAUUAAAAUCAAUUAAUAUACCAACAUCUGUUAGUAAAUUAGGACAUUGUUGUUUUGGAUAUUGUUCAUCAUUAAAAUCAAUUAAUAUACCAUCACCAAUUACAUCAUUUGGACGUGGAUGUUUUUAUAAAUGUGGAUGUGAAGAGGAGUUAAUGAAAAAUGAAACAAUACCAAGAAAUUGUUUUGACGAAUGGUGA